AGGCUGCAGCAUGGACUGACUCAGGAUAGGACACGUGUACACACUGCACUCAGAGCAAGAUGGCGAGAAAGAGAAAGGACAAGCUGAGUGUAGCCAAGGAGAUUGACAACAUGGAGGAGAAACUGGCGUCCUGCAGAAAUAACCUUGAAGAUCUGGACUUUAAACUGCGCAAGCUCGAGCUCACAGUGGAAGGACGGAUAUCUCUGGAAAAGGAGAAGAAUUCACUGACCAACAAGAUGUCUCACUACGAGAAAGAACUGAAAUCUUUGCGUCACGAGAACAGAAGGAACAUGAUGGUGUCUGUGGCAAUCUUCCUGUUAAUUGCGCUCGGCUAUUACUGCUGGACCAUGUGACGGCAGGAGCACUGAUUCUCCACCACGUGGAAGAUGCCCAAAUUCACUAAAACCUGGUCCACGUAGGAGGAAAGAGCUUCGGGAACAGACUGACGAAGACAGUUUGACAUGAAGUA